AGCUCAACUCACAUUGAUCGACGCUCUAUGCCUGCUAUGGGCUACAUGACACAUACUGUGAGUGCACCCAGUUUGCACGGCAAGUCGGCGGAUGACACUUAUAUCCAGUUGAAAAAGGAUUUGGAGUAUUUGGAUCUAAAGGUGACAGGGCGUGACACGUUAAAAGAACGAAGUACAAAACCUGUCAAGAUUGCAGAAAGUGAUAUUGAUGUCAAGCUAAGCGUUUUCUGUGAGCAGGACAGAAUUCUGCAGGACUUGGAGGACAAAAUAAGAGCCCUUAAAGAAAACAAAGAUCAGCUGGAGUCUGUUUUGGAGGUUUUACACAGGCAGAUGGAACAGUACAAAGACCAACCACAACACGUAGAAAAAAUUUCUUACCAGCAGAGACUUUUGCAAGAGGAUCUUAUACAUAUUCGGGCUGAAAUAUCCAAAGUUUCAACGGAAAUGGAAAAUGCUUGGAAUGAAUAUCUGAAAUUAGAAAAGGAUGUGAGCCAGCUGAAAAAAGCCUUACAGGAACAGAUGAAUAGUUCAUUGGUAUCUCAGGAGAAAACACAAAUACAAAAAGACUUGUGGAGAAUUGAAGAUGUUAUAGCUGGCUUGAGUGCGAAUAAAACAAACUACAAAACCAUAGUAGACUCUAUAAAGAAUCCAGAGAGAAAAAUAGUGCCUUCAUUUUCUCAGUCUUCAGUGCCUUCCUUACCAGCUUCCCUCGCAACUGCGGAGAGCAAGCUUUCAGUCCCACAAAGCCCUCCACCCAGUCCGGUUAAAUCCUCUCUGGAGGUUAGGCUGUAUCCACAGCCUUAUUUCCAGGCCAGGAUGCAGCCCCAAGCACAGCAGCUGAAAAAAAUCGAGCCGCCUCUUCAGUCACCAAUUAAGCUAAAGCCAAAGGUUGAAGAUGAAGCACCGCCCAGACCUCCUCUCCCUCAGUUGUACAGUCCUGAUGAUCAGCCACCAGCUGUUCCACCUCUCCCGAGAGAAGCCACUGUCAUCAGACACACAUCAGUGCGUGGCCUGAAACGUCAGUCAGAUGAAAGAAAGAGGGACAGAGAACUCGGACAAUGUGUAAAUGGAGAUUACAGGGUGGAACUGCGUUCAUACAUGAGUGAACCAGAACUAGCAAUGAUAGGUGGGGACCUCAGCCAACCUUCCAGUGGUUUAAUAAGCUCUGACAGUGGAUACCAGACAUUACCUACCCGUGGUUUAUCUGGAUCAACUUCCAGAUUGCACCAAUCGUCUACCAUUUCAACAUAUGCAACACUUCGAAGGGAUAGGUCCAAGGAGAGACCAAAGAGUGCCUUGGAACGUUUAUACUCUGGAGACCACCAAAGAUGCAGGAUGAGUGCAGAGGAACAACUAGAAAGAAUGAAGCGACAUCAGAAGGCAUUAGUUCGUGAACGCAAGAGAACUCUUAGCCAAGGAGAAAGGCAGUCUGUUUCAUCUCGGUCUUUCAUCAGGCCCAUUUCUGCCGACAUAGGCUCAUGGAAACGAGAGCAAGAAUUUGAUUUGCAGUUACUUGAGAGGGCAAUUCGUGGAGAAGACAAGGAUGAAAAUGAAUGGUUGAAAGUUCAGCCGGUAGCAGUGACAGAGACAGACCUGGAGCCUCAAGACUAUGAUUUAGAUAUCAGCAGAGAGUUGUCAAAACCUGAGAAAGUUGCAAUUCCAGAACGCUAUGUUGAACUGGAGCCAGAAGAGCCUCUUUCUACAGAAGAACUGGCAGCAAGGCAGCGUAAAGCAGAAAAGAUAAAGAAUAUCCUUACAAAAUCAAGUAUGCACAAUCUACAGCCUACUGUUGCCCAGGACAAACACAACUCGGUUGAUUUAGAUUCACAGCUACAAGAGCAGGAGCGCAUCAUUACCAUAUCAUACGCUUUGGCUUCUGAAGCCUCUCAGAGGAGCAAGGAGGUAGCAG